AUCUCACCAGUCCUUCAGAAGUUUGUGUCUACUGUUGCGUUAGUAUCCUACUUCUAUGUUUGUUUGUUUUUUUUGAGGGAGCACUAACCAUCUUUGGACGUUGAUCAAUGUAGUGUCCCCUCACGAAACAAACAAAUUUGUACCCACUCGGAUGGACCGCUACUUGACGUUUGUAGGCCUAGUGUCUGUCUUUUGGCGGGUGAAGGCAGAUGGACUACAACUCCCGGGAAGCGAUCGGGCGGAUGGACUAUACUGCGCAAGCGCAGGGCAAACGGUCGCGCGGAGGAUUUGAGUUUUGUUUGAGUGGCCGAAGACGGAGUGGAACACAAGUGUUUUUAAGUUUUAGCAAUGUGGAAAUGGCAGCAAAGCUAAACCUGUCGGGGCCGUCGGAUUCAGACACAUCAUCUGUCACCGACCAAUCUGUGUCCAGCCGGAGCAGUCUGAGAGUCGCAGAAAAGAAGAGAAGGAAGAACGAGGCGGAGGACCCGUUUGUUCUGGCCCUAAAGUACUUCUCUGACGUUGAAGCAGGUACUCCUUUGUCUGGGAAUGAUGAGUUUGAGAAGAACCUGGUGCUGGUGGAGAGGAUGGUACAGAAAGGACUUUCCCCAGAGGCCAUCUCUGUUAUGCUGGAGUUUGCCAUGAGCCUCCGUAUGGGGAGCAGUCCAUGUGUCCGGGUGCUGAAGUGUCUGAUUCCUACUACCGUGGUGCCACAGGAGGCUGUUGUUCGAGCAGUGGUUUGGCUGGGUGUUGGCAAAAUACCCAUCAGCACUCAAGUUCUUUUCAUAAAGUGGGUGUUGACUGUAUUUGACAUGAUUGAUGCAAAAGAUCAACUUCGGGCCAUCUAUGGCUUCAUCUUCAGCUUUGUCACAGAGGAGAAUCUGUGUCCUUUCAUCUGCCAUCUGUUGUACCUUUUGACCAGAAAGGAAAGUGUGCGAGUCUUCAGAGUCAGGAAGCUGCUGGAGCUGCAGUCUAAACUGGGAAGGCAGCCGUUCCUCCUGCACCUACUGUCACUUUACAAAGUGUUUUGCCCUGAACUCGUGACACUUUCCAUUCCAACACGAAUGAGGAGCGGGUUUAGGAACCACAAUUCCCCCUGGAAAUCAGCAUUGAUUGCUGUUCAGAAGAGGAAAGGUUCCCAGGUUGCCUCCAGCACCACUCUGCCCCUCACAAUUAAAGAUAAGACCAGCUCUAGGAAAAGGAAACACUGCCACCUGGAGUUGCCUGUUUUGAGUUCUCUAGUCAGUAAACAGGCUCAGACUGAGUCAUCCUCCAGCAGAAAGGUGGUCCCCCUGGUUCAGAUCCACUCCUUUACGCAGCUGCUGGAAAAUAUGCACCGCAUAGAGCUGCCUGCUCAGAUGGGCUCGCUGCUGGGCUCCAGUCUGGCUUUGCAGUAUCUGGACUGUGUACAAGAUGAGUCUGCCCUCCUACGCCUCAACUUCUGGCUAGGCUAUGCUCUCCACGAAGAAUUUUUAUUUUGCGGCGACGGAGGAGCCUCCCAGAAUUCAGAAGAGGCUCUACAGUUUUUGGAGAAGUUGCUGUCCACACAGAACUUUCUCCAGGAAGCGUUUUCCAGUUCAGAGGCUUUCCUUUACAAAUUUCUCAGUGUUUGGGACGGCUCCCUCCUCCGCCCUCAGAUCCUUGGCCUGCUGAGCAACAUUCCUGUUGUCCCCAGUUCCCAAAUCGGGCAGCUUCUGUUUGAACCCCUCAUGCAGCUCUUCUUCACAUCCUCGCUAUUUUUCAAGUGUGGAUUAAUGGAGUGUCUAAACAGUAUGCUGUUGAAGUGGCUGACCUGGCACUCGGUGUAUGCUCUGGAGGACGACUUGGACAUCAGCCUCAACAGCCACACCUCCAUAAACAUGACUCUAUCAGGGUUCAAGGAUUCAGUGAUGGAGCUGGUUCACUUUGUGGGUCGGCUCGCCUCUGUAGGCCUUCAGCUUGAAGGCUGUCACUCUCUCCUCCUCAGCUUCAUCCUGGACUUCUAUCAGACGGCGUGUGACACAUUUGUGAAGUAUGGGCUUCCCCUCGUGGUGAUGCCGCCACCUGGAGUUUUUUACCCAGCUCUGUUUUCCCCUGACCCUGUCAGCGUGGACCGACUGGCCUCCAUCAUGUACAGGUACAAGGUGAACUUGACAUCAGCCAAGAGUCAAGAAAAACUCACAGAGCAGGCCUUUCACAUCAGCCGCCAGACGUUUCGUGAGUUCAACCACUACGUGGUCGUCAUGGUCAACUGCCUGUGGAAUUCCAAAAUGUUUAAUCCAGGCAUGGGUGUACAGCUGGGACAGGAGCUGCUCCUCAAGAGCAACGUACCACAAUACUGGACGAGUUUUGACCUCGUCCACCACCCGGCUUUCAUGAGCUACGCUGUCGACUUUCACCAGAAGUGUUGGCCAGGGAGAAAGGCCAUGGACCUCGAUUCCAUAAAGCAUUCCAAGCCAUGGAGCUGGUACCUGGAGUACCUGUACAGUCAGGGAUAUGACGGCCUUAAACAGUUUGUUCCAGCCCCGUAGCCCCAUAGAGGAGACUCCAUGGACAGACAUCUGACCCUCCAUAUUUUUUUUUUUUUCUCAUUCACUACUUAUUCAAAACGAUGGGAAUUAAAUGGAAUAUUGUUGAUACUUCCAUUUCAUUCCAACAAUACUGUUGGAUGGAGUUCAGGGAUAUAUUGAUGAUUUUUUUCAUUUAGAUGCUUUGAGAGGCUGCUGCAUCUGUUGCAUCGCGAUCCUUGAGCAAGAUGCACUGUAUUUUUUUUGCUAAACCAGUUUAUUAAUGCAGUGCAUUUGUAACUUAGAUAAUACUACAGCAUUACAGCUGGGCCAACACUUAGUUCCAAUUUUGUGCAAAUGACAUUCAUAAUACAUUUGCAACAUAGUAAAUCACAUCUGGACAGCAGCAUAUGAUGUUAAGUCAAUGAACCAAUAUGACACGAUAAAAGUGGCCUAGUUAGGAUGAACUGAGUUUUAACUUAUGACAAAACCACUUAAGCGAAGAAUUUCAAAUGUAUUUUCAUGCUAGAGAGGCUCUGAAUCCAGUCCAAACCUUCCCGCCACAACAGAUCAGUAGGCCAAAUACAGGCCACUAUGCAAAAUAUUACAGGAAACCAACUGGAAAGCUCGGUCCCCUCGAAUUAAUUAACACAAAGGCUAGUGUGGGUGACAGGGACCGGGGGAAUUGGGUGCAACAAGACAGGCGGGUUGCUGCAGCGCCCUCAGCACCCCUAGUUCUCGCAGCUAUGAAUGAGAGCGACGUCGUAAAGGCAAAUCAGUCAACAGUGGUCAGUGAAAUCUUUCCUCAGUACUCCAGAAGACUUCACACAUUGCCGUGGGCAGACUAAUUGUACAUCGGCCUUGUUUUUUCUUUUCUAUUUGAAAGUUAAAUUUUUGGAAGUGGAGGGGUAUGUAAGAGGGCAGGCAGGGCACCCCAAUACCCCAACCUUAGCAACGGGCCCAGUUUGUUCAGAGCAUCAUCAGCUGACAGGCAGGGCGACAGUCUGUACACACAGCAGAGGUAGAUGCUCAACUCAGUAGAGAGUAAAGACAACCACUUGUAUCUUACUCAUUAUUUUUAAAAGACUUGUACAUAUUUCAUCUCCUCCUCUCUUCCCAGUGAGCUACUUGUAAGCAAUCUGAGUAUGUUUUCAUGUACAUAGAUUUAUCUGUUUAUUGUGGGUUCUUUUUUUUUUUUUUUUAACUUGUAGUCUAGUCCCUCCAGCGGUACUGCCCUGGUGGACAUUCGCCAGAAGCAGUGCCAGUAGUCAGCUCAACUAAAGUGAAUACAUGUUUGACAGGAAAGAUGUUGUGUUUACUGCAGAAAAAAAAAAGAAAUUAAAAAGUUUAAAAAAAAAAAAACUGAAGGGGGAUCAUUUUAA